AUGAAAAUGAGGGAUCGUUGCCUUCAUUGCCGUAAUCGACGAUCCCCUGCCUUCUCCGCCGCUUCUUCUGCGAUGACUUCUUGCAGAUUCCUCCUCUUCUUCUGCUCCGCAAUUCUGCUGUUGGCGGCAACCAGCUCAUAUGGGUCGAGAGAUGGGACUCAGAAAUCCGGGAAGUCGUCUGUGUUUUCUCUGUUCAAUCUCAAAGAGAAGAGUAGAUUUUGGAGCGAAGCUGUUAUACGCAGUGAUUUUGACGAUUUGGCGUCCUCAAACCCUGCCAAAAUGGGACUUAUAAAUUACACCAAGGCAGGAAAUAUUGCGAAUUAUCUAAUGCUUCAAGAAGUGGAUGCUAUGUACCUACCAGUCCCCGUAAAUUUCAUUUUUGUUGGAUUUGAAGGAAAGGGGAAUCGAGAUUUCAAGCUCAAUCCUGAUGAACUUGAGCGUUGGUUCACAAAAAUUGAUCAUAUCUUUGAACAUACACGAGUACCUCAAAUCGGAGAGGUUCUUACCCCAUUUUACAAAAUCAGUGUUGACAAAGGACAACGGCAUCAUCUUCCCAUUAUCAGUCACAUAAACUACAACUUUUCUGUUCACGCCAUUGAAAUGGGUGAAAAGGUCACUUCAAUCUUUGAGCAUGCCAUAAAUGUUUUGGCUCGCAAGGAUGACAUAUCAAGUAACAGUGAUGAGAAGGAUGCGCUUUGGCAAGUUGAUAUGGAUAUGAUGGAUGUUAUUUUCACAAGCCUUGUUGAAUACCUGGAACUCGAUAGCGCUUACAACAUUUUCGUUCUGAAUCCCAAGCACGACUUGAAGAGAGCUAAAUAUGGCUAUCGGAGAGGUUUAUCGGAGUCAGAAAUAGAUUUCCUGAAAAAGGAUAAAAAUCUACAGACGAAGAUAUUGGAGUCGGGAAAUGUUCCAGAAAGUGUCCUUGCACUCGAAAAGAUCAAGAGACCUUUGUAUGAAAAGCAUCCUAUGGCGAAAUUUGCUUGGACAGUUGCCGAGGAUGCUGAUACGGCCGAAUGGUAUAACAAUUGUCUGGAUGCGCUCAAUAAUGUUGAAAAGUUGAACCAAGGGAAAGACACUUCUGAAAUCAUCCUGAACAAAGCUUUGCAGCUUAUGAAAGGAAAAAAUAAAUACAUGAAGCUUCUUUUGGAGAAGGAACUAAAAGCUGGGGACCUUGCUGGAGUUCAACCAGAAUGUCUCACAGAUACCUGGAUCGGGAAGGACAGGUGGGCUUUCAUCGAUCUAUCUGCUGGCCCUUUUGCAUGGGGUCCUGCUGUUGGUGGGGAAGGCGUUCGCACAGAUCUUAGUCUGCCAAAUGUGGAAAAAACAAUUGGUGCUGUUACAGAAAUUUCUGAAGAUGAAGCUGAAGAUCGCUUGCAAGAAGCAAUCCAGGAAAAGUUUGCUAUAUUUGGUGAUAAAGAUCACCAGGCAGUUGAUAUCCUUCUUGCUGAAAUUGAUAUCUACGAGCUUUUUGCUUUCAAGCAUUGUAAAGGAAGAAGAGUUAAGCUAGCACUUUGUGAAGAGCUUGAUGAGAGAAUGAGGGACUUGAAAAAUGAACUUCAGUCCUUAGAAGGUGAAGAAAAUGAUGAGAGUCAUAAGAAGAAGGCCAUGGAGGCAUUGAAACGAAUGGAAAACUGGAAUCUUUUCACCGACACCCAGGAGGAUUUUCAGAACUACACUGUUGCACGAGAUACCUUUCUUGCACAUUUAGGUUCAACUCUUUGGGGGUCAAUGCGCCACAUAAUCUCACCUUCGAUUGCUGAUGGUGCAUUCCAUCACUAUGAGAAGAUAUCAUUUCAGUUGUUCUUUAUAACACAAGAGAAAGUUAGGACUAUUAAACAACUACCCGUGGAUCUCAAAGCUAUCAUGGAUGGGCUUUCAUCUUUGUUAUUACCUUCGCAGAAACCUAUCUUCAGCCCAAAUUUGUUAUCGCUUUCAGAGGAUCCUGCUUUAGCCAUGGCUUUUUCAGUGGGACGACGAGCUGCAGCUGUCCCACUCUUGCUUGUGAAUGGGACUUAUAGGAAAACUAUUCGGACAUAUCUUGACUCCUCCAUUCUUCAGUAUCAGUUACAGAAGCUGAAUGACCAUGGUUCUCUAAAAGGAGCACAUGCCCAUACCAGAUCCACACUUGAAGUUCCCAUCUUUUGGUUUAUUCAUGGAGAGCCAUUAUUAGUUGACAAGCACUAUCAGGCAAAAGCGCUUUCUGACAUGAUCGUUGUUGUUCAGUCCGAGCAAUCAUCAUGGGAAAGUCAUCUCCAGUGUAAUGGGCAAUCACUACUGUGGGACUUGAGGAGACCCAUAAAAGCUGCUCUGGCUGCUGUUUCAGAACAUCUAGCCGGCUUACUUCCUCUUCAUCUGGUCUACAGCCAUGCACAUGAAACUGCAAUUGAGGACUGGAUAUGGUCAGCUGGAUGCAAUCCAUUCUCCAUUACAUCUCAAGGCUGGGACAUCUCACAGUUCCAUUUGGAUACAAUUGCACGGAGUUAUAUAAUCACCACACUUGAGGAGUCUCUACAGCUAGUCAAUUCUGCUAUACGUAGUCUACUCAUGGAAAGGACAUCUAAAAGUACGUACAAGCUUUUCCAUUCUGAAGAGAAAGAACUUGUGAACAAGUAUAACUAUGUUGUCAGUUUGUGGAGAAGGAUUGCAACUGUUACCGGAGAACUGCGUUAUGUGGAUGCCAUGAGACUUCUUCUUACCUUAGAGGAUGCAACUAAAGUGUUUUCUGAGCAAGUGAAUGCAACUGUUGCUCUUCUGCAUCCGAUUCACUGUGCAACAGAGCGGAAAGUGCAUGUGGUUUUCGACAUGACAACAAUUCCUGCUUUUCUGAUCGUUGCUGGUCUUCUAUAUGUUGUGUUGAAGCCAGGACGAGCGAAGCCCAAGAUUAAUUAG